AUGUUUCUGAUUGAUUUUAAUGAAUGUCUGUUGGCACCAUGUCACGACAAAGCGCAUUGUUCCAACACUGAUGGUUCGUUCUUUUGCACCUGUUAUUCUGGCUAUAUUGGAAAUGGUUUUGUAUGUAUUGAUAUUGACGAAUGUUUGACGAACGCUUGUGGAGACAAUUCGGCCUGCACAAACACCCCUGGAGGUUUCACAUGUCAUUGUGCUGCUGGUUACGCUCUCAGACCAUCAGGAUGUAUUGAUAUCAACGAGUGUGAUUCAAAUCCAUGUGAUAGUAAUGCCGUGUGUGCCAAUACAGAAGGCUCAUUCAAAUGUACCUGCAAUACUGGUUAUAAUGGAACUGGACUUGUCUGCACAGACAUUAAUGAAUGUCUUAACAGCCCAUGUCAUACGGACGGAAAAUGCACAAACAUACCUGGUUCGUUUAGAUGUUCAUGUAAAGAUGGAUUCAGCGGAAGUGGCUUCUUCUGUGGAGAUAUCAAUGAAUGCUUGGAUGAUCCUUGUCAUGCCAUGGCUACUUGUACGAAUACUGAAGGAUCUUAUACAUGUGACUGUAAUACCGGUUAUGAAGGAAGUGGGGAGCUUUGUAGAGACAUCAACGAAUGUAACAGCAAACCAUGUGAUGCAAAUUAUGGAAUAUGUAACAACCAACCAGGAUCGUUCACAUGCCAGUGUAGAACGGGAUUCUUUGGUGACGGAGUAACUUGCAAUGACAUUAACGAAUGUAUUGUCAACAAACCAUGUCAUGAACGAGCUGUGUGUAAUAACACUGCUGGGUCAUACUUCUGUACCUGUUCAACUGGAUGGAUUGGAAAUGGUCUAAACUGCAGUGACAUAAAUGAAUGUCUGGGUGGACCAUGUCACGUGAGAGGAAACUGUACUAACACACCCGGAUCUUACUUCUGUACGUGCGGCACGGGUUAUACCAUAAGAAAUGGAAAGGAGUGUAUUGACAUUGACGAAUGCCUAAAUAAUCCUUGCAAUAUAAAUGGAGAAUGCAGUAAUUUCCCAGGAUCGUACAGCUGUAGUUGCCGACCAGGAUAUUCAGGAGAUGGUUUCACUUGUGAUGAUAUUAACGAAUGCGUAGUAUCCAAUCCAUGUCACGAUCAGGCAGACUGUACUAAUAAGGUUGGAAGUUAUGAAUGCAAAUGCAAGCCUGGUUUCUCUGGCGAUGGUCUAAUAUGUACAGAUAUUGACGAAUGUUUGACUGUCAGCUGCCACGUGAACGCUAACUGCAAUAAUACCCCUGGCUCGUAUUCAUGUGGUUGCGAGCAAGGCUACAGCGGUGAUGGUCUCACUUGUGUCAAUAUCAAUGAAUGCUUGCAAAAUCCAUGCCACCAACUUGCUAAUUGCAUCGAUACUGAAGGAUCUUUCCGCUGUAAAUGUAGACCUGGUUACACAGGAGAUGGUUUCAGCUGUGCCGGUACGUCCUUUUCUCUUUCGUUAUACCGCGUUAUACGCACAAAAGCAAAUUGGCUAUAA